UCACAACCCUGUGACCAUGGUGAAACACUAAUAGAGAAGUUCGUUGGACUUUUUUCCACACAUUUAACUCUAGCACUCACUCCUAUGUCGCGACCAUGGGAAUAUCGGAAAAGGAUGCAUUUAGGAUACUCGAACUACCUUUAGGGGUGGAUAAAGAUGCUAUCAAAGAAAGAUAUAAAAAAUUGUCCUUAAAACUCUCUUCAAGCAAGUGUCCUGAUGACAAGAAGAAACUUGAACAGGUGGUUGCUGCCUAUAGUCAGUUGAUACCCUUGCCACCACCAAAAGCUCAACCCAGUAAAAAUAAUAAGUCAUCUAAUUCUAAGAGUCAACCGCUUCCAGUAUAUGACGAUGAUGAUGAUGACUCAGAGGACGGGAGCUCUGAAGAUGAAUGGAGAGUGUAUUGUCGCAAUGGAGAUGCCCGCAAUAAUAUAUCAAAAGUUAACCAAGACCUAACCGGUGCCGAAAAGGAGAAGAGAAAAGCAGAAAAAAGGAGAGCCAAGAAGAAAAGAAGAAAAGAAAAGAAAAAAAUAGAAAAAAUAGAAAAUCAAAUUAUUACCCAAAAUUCUAACAGCGAUAAAAGUAGAAACUGUGACAGUGAUUCAGAAGAAGGUGAUGAUGAAGAGGAAGAAGAGAGCCAGGGUUUGGACCCAAAUUCCGCCUUUGUCGCAAUGGCUGCAAGCAAAAAAAUAGGCACGCGUGGUGCCGUUUCAAAACCAGAGGAAAAGAGAAAAAAUUUAAGUAAAAAUGGCAGUCAGGAGGAGGAAGAUGGACUUAAUUCAGGCCUUGAUACACUGGUGUUGCAGUCUCGGCAGUUGGCAAUCAGAGGUAAUGAAGCUGCCAAUGUGGGCCAGUAUACUGUAGCUGUUCGUCUUUUUACUGAAGCAAUUCGCUUAGAUCCUAAUGAUCAUCGCUUCUUUGGCAAUAGAUCAUACUGCUAUGAUCAAUUAGGGCAACAUGAAAAAGCUUUAAAAGAUGCUGAGAAGGCAAUUAGAAUAGCACCUCAGUGGCCUAAAGGACAUUAUAGAAGAGGAACUUCGUUAAGGGGUUUAGGAAAAUAUAUAGAUGCCGAGUCUGCCUUUGAAGAAGUUCUUCGUUUAGAUAAGGGUUGUCAAGAAGCUCAAGAAGAAAUACGAAAAGUUAGAAUAGUGCGUUUAGUAGAAAUGGGAUUUACUGAAAGACAAGCAAAUAGUGCAAUUAGAAAAUAUACCAAUGUUCAGCCUGCCUUGGAUGCCUUGUUAGCUGGGGAGUUUAAGGAGACUUUGGAUGAUGUUUUUUAUUCAGAUGAAGAAGAUGACUUCGUUAAACGUGUAAAAGUACCUCAGACUUCGAAGGACGUUAAAAUGAAUCCAAAAAAUCCUGAAGGUUUAACAUCUUUAUGGGUUGGAAAUGUUUUACCCGAGGUCACUGAAAAAAUGCUUAGCCAGUUAUUUUCUAAAAAAGGUCAUGUUACAAGUGUUCGAUUAUUGAAAGAAAAAUACUGUGCAUUUGUUAAUUAUGCCGACAAAGAGGCUGCAGGUCGUGCCAUGGAAACGCUUCAAGGUCAUGAUUUGUGUGGUCAGAAACUCCUUAUAAAAUUUCCUGAUAAUCCAAUUGUAAAUGGAACACAAAAUGUCAUAUUCAGAAAAACGAAACCACCUGUUGUUAGAAGCAAUACUAAGCCGAACGGUGUUGCAAGUGGUAUUGCCGUAUCGCCUCCUGCCACGCAAGUUCAAAAUACUGCCCAGUCACAAUCUAACGGCUCAAAAUUGAAGGGACCAGUCAAUGGUGAUGAAUGUUACUUCUGGCGCACAACUGGAUGUGUCUUCGGUGACUCGUGCAAACAUAAACACAUUCCAAAUCAUAAAGGAAUUGAUAAAAAACCUUGGCAAAAAUAAAAUAUACAUUUAUAUAAUACAUAUAUAUAUAUAUUAUAUAUCUAUAUUUACUAUAUUUCUCCCAGUCUAAAUUUGGUUUGUUCUUUCUGAAUGUGUAUAUUCAGUGUUUUAUUUAUUGAUACAUCUCAAAGGAAAAAAGUUUCUACAGUCUCUACAUUGGUUGUAAGUUUUGUAUUUACAUGUUAGUUGAUGAGGCUGCGCUCUGUGGGGAGAGAAAGCUCUCAUACGCCUUGAAAUGUGGUGCUUAAAAAAAAACCAUGUGAACAUGUAGUCUGCCAUUGUAGGAGUUCAUCUCUUAAUAAACAUUUUCUUUUGAAAUUUGAUGCCCUCACAUGCAGAUCAAGUUAACUUUUGUGGAUGAUUGGGAGAUCAUUGUGUAAGAAAUGUGAGAGAAAAAAUAUACAAGUCAUUUUCUAUGUGGAAUAUUAGGGCUAUAUGAUAAUGGGAUUUUCAGGCUUUGUUUUUUCGGAUUUUCUAUUUUGAGAUAUAGUUUUAUAAAAGUUUUAUAUUGUGUCAGAUUAAUAGAAGAAUAACUGUGGAAGAAAAAAAAAAAGGUUUGGUGUAGCCAAGCUUGAGAAAGAUUUCUAUAAUUAGUUUUGAGAUAUUUAUUCACACCUUAGAUAUGUUAUCGUUGAUAAUGGUACCAAAGGAUGUGCAUUGGUUAAAUCCAUUGACGACAAAGAGGAGACAGUAAGAUUUUUCAGCAUUCCAAGAGGUGAUGCAUCAUAUAGAAACUAAACGGGAGUCUUCAUUGCUGCUAGCAGAUCACACUCUUCGUUAACCUCUCUUUGAAUCUGAACCAAGAUAAAAAGUGAGUUCAUGUGAGGAAUGCCUGGCUUUUCACGUAAGCAUAGCAAUACAAUGCCCUAUCAUUUUCAAGUAUUUAUUUUACUUUCCUCAUUUCUAGGGAUUGUGCGGUAGGUGUUUCUCUUAAACCUUCAGUGAAUUCCAUCAUAUCUAAGGUAAAACGACCAUUCUAACUGGAAUUUAUGUUGCACUUUUUAUGCAAUCGUUAGUGAAUAUAAAUAUAAUUUACAUUGUGUUCUUGGAAAGACUUUAUUUGUAGUUUUCUUUAGUACCUAGAUAAUUUGUACUGUUAUGUAUUACAGGAUUUGUAACUUAACUACACCUUUCUUCAGUUUGGAGGAAAAAAGUUUCAUAGACACAUUAUACUUUUGUUUUCUUAUUGAACUAUGAGAAGGCAGUGUUUUGUUUGGUUAUGCCAAAAAGGAAUUUCUAGUUUGCUUUUGUCCUGUCUUAGUUGGGAGUGAUAGAUUAUCAGUGAUUAUCUUUCAGAUAUAUUAUUCCAAUGGUCUAGAUACAAACAGCCUCUCCAUCAGGUAUAAUAAGCUGAAAUUAAAUUUUUGGAAUAGUUAAAAAAAAAUUCUUAAAGAAAGCUUUGUUUUGUACAUCAAUACUUUUGAUGCAUGGUGUUUUUAGAUCGCCCAUAAUGUUCUCACUCACACUGUAAUCAGUAUCCAAGAAAUAAAAAGUAUUGUCAUUAUGUAAGAAAUUUUUGACGAUUAAACACUCCUCAAACUUGUUAAGAACA